AUGUCCAACCCAACAAUGAGGCUAUUCGCUACCGGUCGAGCCCUGCGUGCAAGCAGUGGCCGUUGGUCAAUUGCCUCAAUCCGACCCCAAACUGCCAUUCCGCGCUCCCUCCAACUGACUCCCAUCUUCUCCCGCAACCGCGAAUGGAGCUCAACCCCAGCUCGCCGGAGUACUACCCCCAAACACCCCCAGCAACAAUCGACCCUCAAACUCGAAGGAGACACCUACCCAACCGAUGAAUGGACCAACACCCCCGAUACAAUCCUCUCCCAUAUCGGACGACGACUCUACCUCGACGACAACCACCCUCUUGCCAUUACACGCAAACUCAUCGAAAGCCAAUUCACAUCCCCAAGCUUUGGAAACUACUCAGAGAAGAACCCCGUCGUCUCAACAAGACACAAUUUCGAUAUCCUCGGCUUCCCCGCGGAUCACCCGGGCCGCAGCCGCACAGAUACCUACUACGUGAACGACAAGACAGUGCUGCGCACGCACACAAGCGCGCACCAGCAAGCGUAUUUCCAGCAAAUCGCACGCAACGAGCAAACCCGUCCAGAGGAGGUCGGAUACACCGUGGUCGCUGACGUCUACCGUCGCGACGCAAUCGACCGCAGCCACUACCCCGUCUUUCACCAGAUGGAGGGUGCGAUGCUAUGGAAGCGACCCGCGACGAACCCACUCGCCGCCUCGACAGAGACAGCAGCGAGGAUCAUGGCUGAUGUGGAGAAGAUCCCGCGCCACGAUGUCGUAGUCGAGGACCCGAACCCGACUAUCCAUGCCCUGCGGAACCCGCUGCAGGAUAAGCACCACAGUGUCGAGGAGGUGGAGGCUGUGGCCACGCAUCUGAAGCGUUCGCUUGAGCGGAUGGUUAUCAAGAUCUUCACGGAAGCGAGCAAGGCCGCGGCGGCCAGUAGCGGUGCCGAGGAGCAGGAACCUCUCAAAGUUCGCUGGAUCGAGGGGUCCUUCCCGUUCACUAGCCCUGGCUGGGAACUGGAGGUGUUCUGGCAAGAUGAAUGGUUGGAGAUCCUGGGGUGCGGAAUCAUCAAGCAGGAUCUAUUGAUCAACUCUGACGUGCCAGACCGGAUUGGCUGGGCGUUUGGACUGGGUCUUGAGCGCAUUGCUAUGCUUCUUUUCAAUAUCCCCGAUAUCCGACUGUUCUGGUCGCGGGAUGAGCGGUUCUUGUCGCAGUUCCGGGCUGGCCAUAUUGCUCGCUUCGAGCCUUUCUCGAAACACCCGGCUUGCUAUAAGGAUGUUGCUUUCUGGUUGCCUCCCUCGGCUGUGACGGGUGGUAACAGUGCUGCUGGUGGGGGUGUGCCUUUCCAUGAGAAUGAUGUUAUGGAGAUUGUUCGUGGAAUUGGUGGGGAUCUUGUUGAGGAUGUUACUCUCAUUGAUGAGUUCACGCACCCGAAGUCUUCGCGGAAGAGUAUGUGCUACCGUAUUAACUACCGGAGCUUGGAGCGGACUUUGACGAAUGAGGAGAGUAAUGAGUUGCAUCUGAAAGUCCGGGAGAAGCUGGUUGGAGAGCUUGGUGUUGAGCUGAGGUGA